AUGGCCCGGGGCUCGGGGCUUCUGCGGCGCGCGCCGCUCUGCUCCUCAGCCGUCUGGGCAGCCGCCGCACUCCUGCUGUCCGUGACCCGGACCUCAGGCGAAGUAGAGGCUCCUGAUCCAAACGACCCUCUGGGACAGCUCGACGGGCACAACAGCCCUCUUCCGACUCUGAAAGGUUAUUUUCUGAACUUCCUGGAGCCAGUGAACAAUAUCACCAUCGUCCAGGGCCAGACAGCGAUUCUGCAUUGCAAAGUGGCAGGGAACCCGCCCCCCAACGUGAGGUGGCUGAAGAACGAUGCCCCAGUCGUUCAGGAGCCCCGUCGGAUCAUCAUCCGGAAGACGGAAUACGGUUCUCGGCUGAGGAUUCAAGACCUGGACACUACAGACACUGGCUACUAUCAGUGUGUGGCCACGAACGGGGUGAAGACCAUCACGGCCACCGGCGUCCUGUUUGUGAGGCUUGGUCCAACACACAGCCCGAAUCAUAAUUUUCAGGACGACUAUCACGAGGAUGGGUUCUGCCAGCCUUACCGGGGCAUUGCCUGCGCGCGCUUCAUCGGGAACCGGACCAUUUACGUGGACUCCCUCCAGAUGCAGGGGGAGAUUGAGAACCGAAUCACGGCGGCGUUCACCAUGAUCGGCACCUCCACGCACCUGUCGGACCAGUGCUCCCAGUUCGCCAUCCCGUCCUUCUGCCACUUUGUGUUCCCGCUGUGCGACGAGCGGUCCCGGGCGCCCAAGCCCCGCGAGCUGUGCCGCGACGAGUGCGAGGUGCUGGAGAGCGACCUGUGCCGCCAGGAGUACACGAUCGCGCGCUCCAACCCGCUCAUCCUCAUGCAGCUGCAGCUACCCAAGUGCGAGGCGCUGCCGCCGCCCGAGAGCCCGGACGCUGCCACCUGCAUGCGCAUCGGCAUCCCAGCGGAGAGGCUGGGCCGCUACCACCAGUGCUACAACGGCUCGGGCACAGAUUACAGAGGGACUGCCAGCACCACCAAGUCGGGGCACCAGUGCCAGGCGUGGGCCCUGCAGCACCCCCACAGCCACCACUUGUCCAGCACCGACUUCCCGGAGCUCGGAGGGGGCCACGCCUACUGCCGGAACCCGGGCGGGCAGAUGGAAGGCCCCUGGUGCUUCACCCAGAAUAAAAACGUACGCAGGGAACUGUGUGACGUGCCCUCGUGUAGUCCCCGAGACAGCAGCAAAAUGGGAAUCCUCUACAUACUGGUUCCAAGCAUUGCAAUACCCUUGGUGAUUGCCUGCCUCUUCUUCUUGGUCUGCAUGUGCCGGAAUAAGCAGAAGGCUUCAGCAUCCACGCCACAGCGAAGGCAGCUGAUGGCAUCGCCCAGCCAAGACAUGGAAAUGCCUCUCAUUAACCAGCACAAACAGGCCAAGCUCAAAGAGAUUAGCCUGUCCACAGUGCGGUUCAUGGAGGAGCUGGGAGAAGACCGAUUCGGGAAAGUCUACAAAGGCCACCUCUUUGGCUCCGCGCCGGGGGAGCAGACCCAGGCUGUCGCCAUCAAAACGCUCAAGGACAAAGCGGAGGUGCCCCUCCGGGAGGAGUUCAAGCAUGAAGCUAUGAUGCGGUCAAGGCUCCAGCACCCCAACAUCGUCUGCCUGCUGGGGAUAGUGACCAAAGACCAGCCCAUCAGCAUGGUCUUCAGCUACUGCACCCACGGUGACCUGCAUGAGUUUCUGGUCAUGCGCUCACCACACUCGGACGUGGGCAGCACUGACAAUGACCGGACUGUCAAGUCUGCCCUGGAACCCCCUGACUUUGUUCACGUUGUUGCCCAGAUUGCAGCAGGGAUGGAGUAUCUAUCCAGCCACCACGUGGUACACAAGGACCUAGCCACCCGCAACGUCCUCGUGUUCGACAAGCUGAAUGUGAAGAUCUCAGACCUGGGCCUCUUCCGUGAAGUGUACUCAGCUGAUUACUACAAGCUGGUGGGGAAUUCGCUCCUGCCCAUCCGCUGGAUGUCCCCAGAGGCCAUCAUGUACGGCAAGUUUUCCAUCGACUCGGACAUAUGGUCCUAUGGUGUGGUUUUGUGGGAGAUAUUCAGCUACGGCCUGCAGCCAUACUGUGGCUACUCCAACCAGGACGUGGUAGAGAUGAUCCGCAACCGCCAGGUGCUGCCCUGCCCAGACGACUGCCCUGCCUGGGUAUACGCCCUGAUGAUCGAGUGCUGGAAUGAGUUCCCCAGCCGUCGGCCGCGGUUCAAGGAUAUCCACAGUAGGCUCAGAGCCUGGGGGAACCUCUCCAACUACAACAGCUCGGCACAGACCUCGGGCGCCAGCAACACCACACAGACGAGCUCCCUCAGCACCAGCCCUGUGAGCAAUGUGAGCAACACGCGCUACGUGGGGCCCAAGCAGAAGGCCCAGCCCUUUCCACAGCCCCAGUUCAUCCCCAUGAAGGGCCAGAUCAGACCCAUGGUGCCCCCACCCCAGCUCUACAUCCCCGUCAAUGGGUACCAGCCGAUGCCGGCCUACGGAGCCUACCUGCCCAACUUCUAUCCCGUUCAGAUCCCAAUGCAAAUGGCCCCUCAGCAGGUGCCCCCCCAGAUGGUCCCCAAACCAGGCUCCCAUCACAGUGGCAGUGGCUCGACCAGCACAGGCUAUGUCACCACGGCACCUUCCAACACAUCGGUGGCCGACAGGGCGGCCCUGCUCUCUGAGAGUGCCGAGGAUACUCAGAACGUUCCAGAAGAUGUGGUCCAGAAUCCUGUGCCAGAAGCGGAGGAGGUGGAGGAAGGCUCUGUGCCAGAGACAGAGCUGCUGGGAGACAACGACACCCUGCAGAUGGAGGAGGCUGAGGUGCAGCUGGAAGCCUGAGGGGUCCCAGGAUCCCCAGCUGGGAGAAAAGCCCAGUUGGGAUACCCCAGGGACCCGUGAUCAGCCCCUUUGUCAGAAAUAUCACCUCCAGGAGAAGGCACAAAAUGCAGCUGUCAUGUGAGCGUGAGUCCUGGUGGGCCUUUCUGUAGACUUGAUGGUGCCACGUAUUGCUUUGCUCUUGUCAUUUACGUGCGAGAGGCUGCUCUGAUGCAAGGUGCUGCUGCCUGCUGCCUGUUUGGUUGGUGGAUAUUUUAACCAGUCGUGCCUAAGCCAGAGGGGGCGGACAACCCAGCAGCAUGACACAUUUUUUAAGCCACCUGUGUUGAUCCCAAUGGUAGCUCAGCAAUGAGCACUUGCGUACGCUUUGAAAGAAAAUAAGGUCGUGUCUUCACUCCAUAUUGUAUAUGGAUGUUGCAGAACUCGCCUGCAAAAGGCAACAAAAUGACACCUGCCAUUGUGAGAUUUUCAGCACUGGCAUUUUGGUUUAUUUGAGGAUGCAGGAAGCUCGGUUUCUCUCUGCUGCCCCGCUGCCACUCAUGUUUUCCAUUUGCCAGCCAAAGAUUGGCCAGAACAGGGUGCUGCCAUUCUGCCACGUGCUGGGGACCAAUGAGAAAAGGGCUUCUGAAGUGGAAGUUUCCUGUGUGUGUGUGUUUUUUUUAAGUGCCUUUGAGAAAACUGACACAAUUUUGUAUUUUUGUGAAAUGAUUUUAAUUAUACUUCACGUGCAUUUUUCCCACUUUUCUGGAAUUCAAGAGAAGGUGUUUCUUGAAUUUGGGAUGUUAAAAAGAAGCAAUAUUGUACAGAACACAGUAUUGUUAUUUUUUUUUUAAGACUCAUGUACAGACCUUAAAUGUAAUUUAUAUGUUUGUUUGUUUUUUGUAUGCCAUUUUCACUGAAGUAUUUUGGUCUUAAACUAAUGACUUGGUAAUUUAACUCUUCAUGCUGUCACUUCAGGAGGCCAUCUGAUUGUAUUUUGGUUUGCUUUUUUUGUACCGUGUGUAGAUGAGGUCCAUGCAUUUCAAAACUCUUGCUAGAGAAAGGCCCACAGGUACACCGUCUGUAGCCAGCACAUGUAUAGAUCUCAGUUGUAAAUCCCACACCUGCUGUAUCUAAUAAAGCAAAACAGAACGUU